AAACGAGCUUGAGCUCUCGCCCUUUGGCCCCCCAGAUUUCUCGCAGAACCACAUCACGCUCAUCAGCGCCAUCAAGCGCCAGGAUCUCCACAAUCUAGAGUCGCUGCUCCAUGUCAUCUCCAGCGCCAACCUCAACCACAUCGACCCAAGUACCGGCCUGGCCCCAAUUCAUGUUGCCUGCCGAGUCCGUCCCCUGCAGAGCCCCGCCAGCCCGGCGGUCAUCCGCAAGCUGGUCGAGAAGGGCGUCGACAUCAGCGUUCGCAACAUCAAAAGCGGCAAGACUUGCCUGCACUACCUCCUUCGGGCAACCCUACAAGUCCAAGGCUGACACCGAUACUGCUGCCGAGGCCUCGGUACUGGAAGAAGACACAGCAAAGCGAAGCGACUCGGGAGCCCCGGCUUCGGCACGAGAGGCCCUAUACGACUUGGUGGCCUUCUUCAUCGAACAGGGAUUUGAUCCCAACGUUGCCGAUUUUGAUGGCAACACGCCUGCCCACUUUGCCGCUCGCAGCGGUGAUCUCGGCUUGGUCAAACUCCUGGUGACGGAGGGCCAAGUUGAUAUGACGGCCAUGAACAACAAGCGCAAGUCGCCUGCGGGCGUCGCGGCAACCAGGGAGAUCCGGCAGUACAUCCUCGGCGCCACCGGUGUCGACAUCGACGACGGCAACGCCGACGACUCUGGCUCGCUUGACGCUUCCGCCGCAGCCCGCACCAGCGCCAACUACUCGGACGCUAAACUCUCGCCUCAGCCCCCGCAAGCUGCCAUUGCUCGGCUCUCUAUCCCGGACGCCUCCUCGGAACUUUCACCGCAGCGCUCGGCUAGAAUCGACGAAGAGACCCGCCGGCAGCUCGAGCAGCGUAUUCGUGCUCUGGAGGCAGAGAACGACUCCCUGCGCAACGACCUCACUCGCUCCCAGCGACGGGCGCGCCAGGCUGAGAGCGACAUCAAUCGCGCUUACGAGUUUGCUCGCAAGGAAAUCCGGUCCAUCUUCCAGUGUGCCAACCUCAUCACGUCGGGAGUGACGUUCGAGUCUCCGGGCGACACUGCCGAGGCAUCAGCCCGACCCACCGGAACCAGCAUUCUCGAUCUGGUGCAGCGGACUUUCGAGGCAGCCGUACCAAACUUUGGUUCUGAGCCGAGCUACCGGGACCUCUCUGCUAUCCAGCAAACCCGGAUAUCGGUGCAUCUCCAGGACACCCUCACUGCGGACGAGAUUCGAAUCCAUGCAUCGACGGGCAUUGCCAUUAUCGAGCGGGCGCUCUACAGCAUCCGCGAGGUGCUCCGGAUCGUCAGUAGGACCAUUCGCCCACCACACCCAGCGGGCGCAUCCGAGAGCCAGCCAAGCAGCAGGUCCACCACCAGGCCAGCUCCGACCCCGGCUCCCAGCCAUCCUCCCCCUCCUGCGGCAUCGGAGCUGUAUACCCUGUUCCUGGCCCUUCCCGAGGUGAGCGACAAGCUCCGCAAGAUGAAGAUUCUCAAGUCCGAGACAGCGGUGAUGAAGCGCGGCAAUGCCCCAGCCGAGGAUAUCGAGGCCAAGCGCGAGCAGUACACGAACCUCGUGGUGUCGCUUUUGCUGGCCUUCAAGCAGAAAACGGGCUAUGACACCGACCUGGAGACUCUGCAGAGGGCUCUGAAGCGCCGGGAGCAGAGUCUGGCUGAAUCCGGUGCCGGCCGCUCCGCUGCCCCGCAUGCGGGCCACUCCGACCCGGCUCACCAGCGACCGUUCCGGGCACUCUCUCCUGACACCGACCCCGAGCACCCAGCUGCUUCCGAUCCAGGUCGCGCUGCAGGCACCCGGACCAUGUCGCCCCCAUGGUCCUUGGCGGGCUCGGACAUGGAGCACCUCGGCGGACAGAAGCCGGAGCAGCGGCCCCAUUGAUCGUUGCCGGACAGCCUCGCCGGAUGGCCGCGGCCGCUCGGGCCGAUACGAAAGCAAUAGUGAAUGGGUGGCAACGAGUCCCCCAAGUUCAGUGUACCACACAAGAUCCACGAGACGGGC